AUGAAAUGGAAACCGCCUACUCACAUCUACAACUACUACAGUACAAAUGAUGUGGAGGACACUGAGUGCGCUGUGUGUUUCUGUACAUACGAUAACGUAUUCAAGACCCCAAAGCUGCUGGAGUGCCUUGCUCGCAUCAAAGUGACCUCUCCUGAGCUCAAGACCCUGUCCUGCCCCCACGGACAGGACCUGCCCCGCCUGGGCAGCAAUCCGGACAUCAUAGGGAAACUCCCACCAGACAUGCAGAGGGCCCUGUCCAUCCGCUUCAAGCACAAUAAAGGCAAACUGGUCCUGAAGAACCCUCCUCCUAGCAGCCCGAUCAAGCCUAAUAUCCUCAUCCUGAGUCCAGAAGGCCAGGUGACAGCGGGCGGUGACCUCCACUUGAGUGCAAUGGAGCAGGGAAUAGUCCCCACCACGGUGGUGGAUGUAGGCAGGCCUCCAAGCAGGGUCCGAGGUUGAAGGUUGUACCAAAUGUGAUCAUUCACUGUAGGCUUGUUCA